GUAAAGCAAUUGGCACUGUCUGUAAUAACUUUGCAUAAGACUGGUCCUUGGAAAAGUACGAUCAGACGAAGCGUUAAAUCUUCAAAAGAGCCAGAACCAUUUUCCUCAACAGGAGGGAGGCAGAAGAGAAAGGUCCCCGUAAUAAAACCUGCACCAUACCUGCUCAACAAAACGAACGAAGAAGAACAAUGGUAUGCUGCACUAAACAAACCCGCUACUUGUCAGGAAUCAGUUGAUGAAUAUUAUAACGCGCUCCAAGAAAAAUGUAUCGAAAUCGGAGCAGCAAACGCGAUGCCCGAAUGGACGAAAGUAAACAAGUUCGUAAAUGGAAUAAUUCCAUGA